CUUCCAUGCAGCACUCUCUGAGCUGCUAUGAGUUUGCUGUACAGUGACAGCUGCUGUGGGGGCCGAGAAGCGGAAAGCGGCUGCCGGGCAGCCAUGGCCAGCGCCUGCAGCGCUGCAGCCAAGGACGACAGCGUUGGCAGCAGUGGCACUGCCAACCCCCCGAGCUCAUUGACAGAGGAGACACAAGGCUAUGAUGUGGAGUUUGAUCCCCCCUUGGAGAGCAAAUACGAAUGUCCCAUCUGCUUGAUGGCUCUGCGAGAGGCAGUGCAGACACCCUGCGGGCACCGCUUCUGCAAGGGCUGCAUUGUCAAGUCCAUAAGAGAUGCAGGUCACAAAUGUCCAGUAGACAACGAAAUUCUGCUGGAAAAUCAACUUUUCCCUGACAACUUUGCGAAGCGGGAAAUCCUUUCCUUAAUGGUGAAGUGUCCCAACAAGGGCUGCGGUGUGAAGAUGGAGCUGAGGCAUCUGGAGGACCACCAGCUGCAGUGUGAAUUUUCCACCGUGGAAUGCCCGCAGUGCCAAGGAACCUUCCAGAAGAACCAUCUGAAAGAGCACAGGACACAGGAGUGCCCACGGCGCCAAGUCUGCUGUCCAAACUGUGCCACAUCUAUGGCCUAUGAGGACAAAGAGCUCCAUGACCAAACCUGCCCUCUGGCCAAUGUGUUCUGUGAAUAUUGCAACACAGUGCUCAUCAGAGAGCAGAUGCCUAACCAUUAUGACAAUGAUUGUCCUACUGCCCCAGUGCCAUGUUUCUACAGUGCCUUUGGGUGUCCUGAAAAGAUGCAGAGGAAUGAACUAGCACGACACAUGCAGGAGUUCACUCAGGUCCACAUGAGAAUGAUGGCUCAGAGCUUUCAGAACAUCAGUGUCACUGCUGCCAAUCCUGUGCCCUUCAUCAACGGCCUGCCCUUUGAGCCUACCCUCUUCUCACAUGCGUCACAUGCCCCAUACGAGUGCAACCCAGACGUUGAAAACUUCAAAGAAACCAUUCAGCAGCUGGAAGGUCGUCUGGUGAGACAAGACCACCAGCUGAGAGAGCUCAUUGCCAAGAUGGAGACUCAGAACGCCCACGUGGCAGAGCUCAAGCGCACCAUCCGUAGCCUGGAGGGGAAGGUGGCCGAGCUGGAGGCACAGCAGUGCAAUGGGAUUUACAUUUGGAAGAUCGAGAACUUCAGCGGCCUUCAGAAAGCCCAGGAAGAAGAGAAGCCUGUAGUGAUGCACAGCCCCGGCUUCUACACCGGGAAGCCUGGCUACAAGCUGUGCCUGCGGCUGCACAUCCAGCUGCCCAGCGCACAGCGCUGCGCCAACUUCAUCUCGCUGUUCGUGCACACCAUGCAGGGGGAGUACGACAGCCACCUGCCCUGGCCCUUCCAGGGCACCAUCCGGCUCUCCAUCCUGGACCAGUCGGAAGGCCCCGAGCGGCAGAACCACGAAGAGGUGAUGGAAGCCAAGCCGGAGCUGCUGGCCUUCCAGAGGCCGACAAUUCACCGCAACCCCAAAGGCUUUGGCUACGUCACUUUCAUGCACCUGCAAACCUUGAAGCAAAGAACCUUCAUCAAGGAUGACACCCUCCUGGUGCGCUGCGAGGUCCUCACACGGCUGGACCUGAACAGCCUGCGCAGAGAAAGCUUUCAGGCUCGCAGUACUGAUGGAGCUGCGUAGCCUCUGACCAGAGCAGUCACAGAACGGCAGGGCUUGGAAGGGACCUCCAGAGAUACCUGGUCCAACCCCCCUGCCAGAGCAGGAACACCCAGGGCAGGUCUCACAGGAAUGCAUCCAGGCAGGUUUGGAAGGUCUUCAGAGAAAGAGACUCCACAACCUCUCUGGGCAGCCUGCUCCAGGGCUCCAGCACCUGUGAAAAAGUUUCUCCUGCUGUUCGCAUGGCACCUCCCCUACUCCAGCUUGCCCCCAGUGCCCCUUGUCCUGUCCGUGGACAUCCCUGAGCAGAGCCUGGCUCUAGCCUUGCACAUCUUCAUCACCAGCAAUGAGAGCACCCCUCAGGCACAUCUGCUCUAAGCUCAAGAGCCCCCAGCUCCCUCAGCCUGGCCUCACAAGAUGUUGCACUGUCUGCAGCAGUUUUAUGGUGCUGCACUGGACUCUCUGAAGAGUUUCCUGAGGUCCGUCUUGAACUGAAGAGCUCAGAACUGGACACAG